CAAAAGCCAGGAAGUCUGUGGGUAGAAACCCUAACCCGGUUAAGGGAAAAUGUAAAGAUUUGGGGAGAUAGACGAACAAAGUUUAGCAUUGGGCAUGCUUUAGAAAUGAAGGGGUACUUUUGUUCAUUUUGGCAUGCUCAUCUUCUAAAUGGUCUUCUCCAUUCACAAUGUCUCCUUGGCACAGAGGAUGGAAUCAGAUGUGCUUAAUUUACACGGCAGAACUAUGGAGAAGUGGGAAAAAUAUCUGGACCCGUUUGAUGACGCGUCCCUUUCUGACGGCUGUGCGGAUUCGGUGAAGUUCGACGCUCGUUCAAUGACAGCGUUACUUCCGAAUCAAAAAAAUGUCACGGGUGUUCAAGGAAAACUGAAGUCUUUGAAGAUUGCACUGAUGAGUCUGUAUCUCCUCGUCUUCAUCGUUCUUAUUCCAGUCAUUGGAUUUUUAGCAGCACAAUUGCAGCGGUUGGAAACGAAGACUAGCGCCAACGGUUCGGCCAACAGUGAGUUCAACACCUCCGAUCGCUUCUCGGGUGGGUCCUCCAGGAAAGAAAACGGCGACAAGGAUCGGUUCCGAGAUUUGAUCUUAGAGCACGUGAGCGCGUUGGAGGAAGAGAUUCGGGUUAUCGUGGAAGCAGAAGCGAAUCUCACGAGCCUGGGGAAGUUUCACGCUCUCAGGGAGAUGAGCGAAAGCAGAUUUCGAGACGUCUUCCUUCAGGUCAGCACCUUGUCCGCCUCAGUCCAAGCCAACGGGAGGGCGGUGGAGGAGAUGAGCACGUCUCUGGCGACACUCGGUCAGACUCUUACGGAUCUCAGACUCACCCUAGAGAGCUGGAAUGACUCGUACGUGCAGAACGUCAUUGGAUACAAAGAGGAAAUCACCCAAUUGAGGGGGCGCGUGUAUAAUAUAUCAGCAGAAAUUCAGAUGCUGAGAGAACAGCAGGUGAAUCUGGAACAGCAAAUAAAGGGAGAAAUGAAAGUCUUGAACAACGUCACCAACGACCUGAGGUUAAAGGACUGGGACCACUCGAUGGCCUUGAAAAAUAUUACUCUAAUGCAAGGGCCGCCCGGACCCAAGGGCGAGAAAGGCGACCGAGGCUUUCGAGGAGAUAUGGGUGCGGUUGGACUUCCAGGGCUGAAAGGGGAGAAGGGAUCUCGUGGCUAUCCUGGACUUGGAGGACCCAGAGGCUUGCCUGGGAUUCGAGGACCGCCAGGAUAUUCUGGACUGAAGGGGGCAAAAGGAGAAAAGGGUGAAAAAGGAUCUGGAAACAUCUUUCCUGCGGCCUCGACGGUUCGCCUAGUCGGGGGCCAAAGCCCGAACCAAGGGCGAGUGGAGAUUUACUACAAACGCCAGUGGGGCACCGUGUGCGACGAUCACUGGGAUGCUGUAGACGGGGCCGUGGUCUGUAGGAGUUUGGGGUACUUGGACGUCGAGAGAGUCCACGUGGGCGCUGUUUUCGGACAAGGUACCGGUCCAGUGUGGCUGAGUGAAGUACAUUGUUUGGGGCGAGAAUCUUCUCUUGAAAAGUGUUUAUUCAAAGGGUGGGGCGUGAAAACGUGUAGCCACUCUGAAGAUGCGGGUGUUACUUGCAAGGUGUAAUCUCUUAUUGGACAGUGCGCACUCUGAUGUGAUCUCAUUUCCUCUCUCAUGGGAUGGUUCAUAGCUCGCUGAAGGUUCAUUUGUUUCCCCACCCAGUUGGGCAUUUGACCCACGUUUUACACAUGCCCUGAAUACUAUCAGAAAAAUCGAUUUGUUAUUUACGAAGCAUCUUCACUCCCUAAACGUUUUCAUGUUUACAUUGCUCUGGAUUAGGGCCGCCUGUCCUCCAUCCACAGAUAGGUUCGGAACAGUAACUUUCUUUUGUGCCUUAGCCCCCAAAUGUGGGCAUCAGCGUAUACUUUAAAAAGAAAAAACAAAAGGCAGGUUCUUUUCCUGUUCAGAUCAUAGCGCAUACCUGAAGCUGGAGAUGAAUUGGUGAGAAAAAAAUUGAUCCGUAGGUGGUGGCUGAGUGGAAAUAAUGCAGGCCUGGGAGGCGGAAUGCCUGGAUGUGAGAUUUGAGUAGGCUCUGCGUACUGAGUGACCUUGGGCAAGUCACUUAACCUCUCUGGACCCCAGUUUCCUCAUCUAUCCAAGGGGGGUAAUUUAGAUUGAGACCCCGGCAAAGAACUGCGUCUGAUUUCCUAACCUUGCAUCACCACAGCUUUUGUCGCGUAGUAAGCCCCUAAUAAAUGCCAUAAGGAAAGGGUG